GUACUAACAUUUUGAUCACGAGUUAAUAAAACGCGAGCAUACGUGAUUUAAUUGAUCGAUACUAAAAUGGCUUCUUCAUUUUCAUGUGGUAAAUUUGCUGCAGCUAAUCUAUGCAAACUCCUCCUAAUUUCAGGCCUAGCUAUAUACUUGAUACUCACCAUCUCCCUCCCAAAUCAGUUAAUUUACCAAAAAUUCCCAGUUUCCGAAUUGUUUUCCUUUUUCCGCAUGCACACACAAUCCCCUCAAUCAACUUCUCCGACCAAUCUGGGUCACCUUGCUUUCGGAAUCCUCGGCUCCGAAGGCGGCUGGCAUUUCCGCAGAAACUACGUAGAGUCGUGGUGGAGGCCGAACACGACACGUGGGUUCGUGUACUUGGAUGCGGCCCCCACCGGCGACCUCCUGCCGUGGUCGGCCAGGUCGCCAGCUUUUAGGGUUUCGGACAACCUAACCAAGUUGUUGGAAGAGGUGAAAGCCGCAGAGCCGAUGGCUGUCAGAAUUGUUCAUGGAAUAAAGGAGUUGGUGAGAGACGUGGGCGAAGAUGGCGAUGGAAGUGUUAGGUGGGUGGUGAUCGGAGACGACGACUCCAUCUUUUUUGUGGACAAUUUAGUGGACGUUGUUGCGCAGUAUGAUCAUACGAAGCACUACUACAUUGGUGCGCCGUCGGAGUUUUACAUGUCGAAUGUUUGGUUCUCGUUUAAUCAAGGCUUUGGGGGGGCUGGAAUUGUGUUGAGCUACCCUCUUGCAAAAGCCUUAGCAAAUGAUAUGGACAAUUGUCUUAGAAGACAUGCUCCAUAUUUCAUUACCGCCGACAUCAUAAUUAAGGCUUGCGUUGGUGAUAUUGGAGUUGAACUGUCCCCGGAAAAUGGACUUCACCAGAUUGAUCUACGCGGCGAUAUCUCGGGAUUCUUGUCUUCCCACACGAAGUCGCCACUAAUGUCACUGCACCACCUAGACAACGUGGAGUCACUAUUCCCGAAGAUGGAGCGCGUGGAGGCGCUGCGGCAGCUGAUGAAGGCGGCGGCGGCGGACGAGUCGCGAACGCUCCAACAGACGGUGUGCCACGAGAGGCAAAAGCAGUGGACGAUCUCGGUGUCAUGGGGUUACUCGGCUCACGUGUACGAGAGAGUGAUGCCGAGGAGUCACGUGCGCAACCCCAUCGAGAGCUUCAGCGAGUGGAUACACAGCACUCGCCCCCCGCCCUUCUACAUGUUCAACACCAGGAUGCCCACCGCCGAUCCCUGCGAAGCACCCCACCUUUUCUUCCUCGAUUCUAUCACUAUCAACCAUUCCUCACAUGGAAUUCUCACCACUUACGCGCGUGCGGCGCCACGCCUCCUCGACCCAUGCCUCUGGUGCGCCGCUCACUGCCCCGAUUUCCUCACUCACAUUCGCGUCUUCUCCCCCGCCACCAAGCGGAUAGGGAAGGAUCGAUGCGAAUGCUGUGAUGUUAUUGCCGUUAAUGGAACCACGGCGGAUGUUAAAUUUAGGGAAUGCGGGACUAGUGAAAUCAUAGCUUAAUUAUUGUUCCAUAAAUUCUCAUUUGCAGCAAAAAUCUUUGAACUGAUGGAUUCUUCUUCUCAAACGGGACGACUGAGCUCAUACAAUUUCCCCUUACCUCCAAAAUUCUGCAGAUGCGAAGAACCAGAGCCGUGCAUCUUGCAGGCUUCAAAUAGUGUGACUAAUCCGGAGAGGCGCUACUUCUCAUCAUGUACAAAAACACCCACAUCAAGUAUCUUGUACUCUUUAAAAUAUACUUUUAUUGAAUUCAUAUGUUUUUUUUUCUUUAGAAAAUUUAUGGAACAAGAAUU